GGUUGCCAUAGUUACGCGAUUGACAUUACCUCGCUUCUUCGAGUUGUGUUUAUUUACAAAUAAUUAGGAUAAAAACUGACUAUGUAUUAAGCUGCUUACUAAUGGGGUUAGAAUUGGUAACAUAUAAAAAUGCCCUUAUUGCCAGAACUUGACACAAGAUCGGUCUUACAUGUUGUCGAAGAGAACUUCGAGAGACUUGGCUUGAAAACCUACGGUAUACGAAUGAUAUACAUUGGCGACCACAAGGCACCAAGGGAAGCAAUGAUAGAGGAAAUCGGCAAGACGGUGGAUACAGUGAAUGCAGGUUACUGUGAUAUUAAAGUAACCGGUUUGCUACUCGUGUAUGACAGUUAUUUCGUCCAUAUUCUCGAAGGCUCAGAAGACACGGUGCACCGCCUACUCCGUUUCCUGUUUAAAACGGAGGUGGAUUGGAUAGAGGCUAUGGAACGGAAGGAUGCGGAGGAGUUGGAGGCGCUGCGACAGGCGGCCCGCGAAGCGGAGGCGGAGGGCGAGCCCUUCGUGUGGCCCGAGGAGCCCGAGGAGAAGCCCGACCGGGGCUUGUUCCGGAGGCUCAAGCUUCUAAUGGUCUAUCAUUCUAUACAAAGUUUCCUGUUCAAAGGCUGGAGCGGGAUAAUGGCGCGGCCGCCAUCGCUGGUAGGCGUGCUGGACAUGAACGCGCCCCUCGAUCAGCACAUAGAACAACUCAAGAUCUGCCUCGACAAGAUCGCCUUGCUGUGCAAACUGGCUAUAGCUGAUGAUACUCUGUCGUUCCAAGGCAUGAGCGUGACAGACCCGAAGAUAAACGCGUUACCCGAAGUCGCGCUGCUGGACCUACUCUUGCAGUCGAGGCACACGCUGGACCUGCGAGAAGUGAUACACCUGCACCGGCGCGUCGAGGACCACGAGUUUUACUUCGAGAAGGUGUGGCCUCUUCCAAAUCAUUUCACACCGCGACUGUUGUACAAGUUAAAGGUGGACGAUUCCUUCGUGGAGCCUCUGCCCGUGAUGCCCUGGGAACUGGUCAAGAAAGAGAAGACCGAAGAAGAAGAGGACCAGGAUCGGCAGAGCGGUAGCUCUGACAGUGAUUAAAAUAUGCCUGUUGUUGUUUAUCAUUUGGUUUUAUAAAACCAGAGCCAGUGCAGGCGUUGGUUUGCUACACGCGAUCAAUUAGCACAUACUGUACAUAUUACCUACGUCAAGUUCUUCCUGACGUUUUUUGUAAUAUUUUUUUAAACCUAGUUAUUGCGUAGGCAUGUCUUGUUGCCGUAGUUUAACAUAUUACCUCAUAUUUAUGAAAUAAAUGAUCUGAUGAGUACCUACCGAUGUAUCAAAUGAGUUUAAGAUGCCCUAAGAGAAAUUAAUAAAUGUUAAAAUACGGGGAUCACUGUAAUUACGUAGAUAGGCGGAUUAGCAAAAAGUCCUCUAAUUCUUAUAAUAGCCAAAUAGCAUCGGUAACUAUGGCAUUAUCGAUCGUUUAUUUCUUUAGCGAGUGCUAUCGCUUGGAGUCUGCCGUGAGCAACAUGGACAGAACGCCAAAUAAAAAGUUAAUUCGUAAACAAUCGAGCAAAGCAGUUUUCGGUAUAAAAUUGCCACCGAUUGAAAAAAAUGACACGGAUCAUAAUGUCAAAACCAUCUUGGAUGUCGAUCCCGAAUUCUUUUCACUCGUCGAAGGUAGAAAAAUUCGACCGAACACCUCUAUGAAUAAAUACAAGGAAGAUGUUAAAAAUUUUGCCUUAAAAAGGACUCUUCAGGGAUUUUUAACCGAUGAAAUGUUGAGGAUAGACAGAGAAAUGGAAAAUGAAAAAAAUAUUUACGAAUCCGCGUCUGCACAUUUCGCUGAUUGUCAAAAAAGUUUCGACAAAUUUUUGGCUGAUGAUAAUAACAAAACGAUUGCUAUUAUGAAAAAAUCCGAUGGCUUGGCAAAAGAUCUGGUGAAUCAGACUGAAGAACACAAACAAGCAAAUUACGAGGUGGCAACUCUUAAGUCAAAACUGCAGUACAUCGACGAAACUUUACUAAUAUUGCUGACGUUCGAGAAAUUCCUUCAUACAGCUGCACCGAUCUUGUGGCAGGAACAAAACAAUGUUCAACUGGACAGACAACACACUGAAAUCAUAGUAAUGGAUCCAAAUAUCUUCGUUCCUGUUAAUAAAGACAUAGUUCAAGAGCGCUUGAGUAAACUUUCAGCUCCAAAAUUGUAUUUUGAGACCCCUGAGCAACUUUUGGAAAUGUUUGAUUUGUUAGAACACCAAAAUCUCAAUUAUUUACUUGCUACAGAGGAAUUGAAUGCUGAAAAGAAUAAAUUGCUAAAAUCGAGAGAUGCAUUUAAAGCUGCUUUAAACCGAGAAUUAGAUUUUAUUCAAAAGAAGGUAGGUUCCCGAUGUGCUAGAUAUUUUAUAAAUUCAUAGUACCUACUUAGAUAAAAUUUUAUGACACCUACGAGUACAAUACACACCAAUUUAUAAUUUAGUUGUUUUUAAAUUAUUUUAUAAUGAUUAAAAUUUAAAAUAGUUUAAUGUCCGUUCAAUAUACAAUUUUUAACUAAUUUCAGAUGGAUGGAAUCGAAGCCAUGAUCGUAACUAAUAAAAAUCGUGAGAUUGAAGUUAAGGAAAUAUUUUACAGAAUUCUAGCCGAUAAGUUAAGGUACAUAGUGUCUUCAGAACGUGCGUUACAAGUAUCUAACUACGUUGAAUAUGCCUACGAACAACUAAUUUCUAAUAAUGAAACUAAUCUCAGCCCUGUGGAAAUGACGAGGGCUUUGGAAAACGAAUAUGACAAUUUAAUGCUAGAUUUAUCCACUUACAAUUUGAACCUUGUGAAAGCAGUGGAGCAAGAAAUAUAUGAGAAUGAAAUAAAGAACAUGAAAGAAGCCAAAGAAGCAGCGAAACUUUUAAAAGACGUGGACAAGUUGAAUAGAAGAUUAAAGUCUUCUUUUGAGCCAACAAGAAGGAAAAUUUAUUAUUAAUUAUGAGGAG